UAAUUAUCGAACAGUGAAGUCCACUUUUCAACGGGGUUUUAAAUUAAAAAAAUUUCCUCGCGAGAGGAUCUCGUUUAUUUCACCGUCAAAUAUCUUUCAAUUCUUUCAACCACCAGUCCAAUCCAGCUUCAAGCCAUGGGUAAAGACGGUGAAUGUUGCUCCACUCAUCUCAUAGAAGGCGAUGGGACUUUUAAUGCUUCCGGGCUCGAAAAUUUUAUAAAAGAAGUUAAGCUGUCUGAAUGCGGACUUUCAUAUGCAGUUGUAUCGAUCAUGGGUCCACAAAGUAGUGGAAAAAGUACACUACUCAAUCAUCUGUUUCACACGAACUUCAGGGAGAUGGAUGCCUAUAGAGGGAGGUCCCAAACUACGAAAGGAAUAUGGAUGGCAAGAUGCGCUGGCAUUGAGCCUUGUACCAUCGUAAUGGAUCUGGAGGGUACUGAUGGAAGAGAACGGGGAGAGGAUGAUACUGCAUUCGAAAAGCAGAGUGCUCUCUUUGCCCUUGCUGUUUCAGAUAUAGUGCUAAUAAAUAUGUGGUGUCAUGACAUUGGAAGGGAGCAGGCUGCAAACAAGCCACUUUUGAAGACCGUAUUUCAGGUCAUGAUGCGAUUAUUCAGUCCUCGUAAAACAACUUUAAUGUUUGUCAUACGUGAUAAAACAAGGACGCCUCUGGAAAAUUUGGAACCUGUUUUGAGGGAAGAUGUACAAAAGAUAUGGGAUUCUGUUCCCAAGCCACAAGCCCACAAGGAAACCCCACUUAGUGAGUUUUUUAAUGUUGAAGUUGUGGCUCUAUCUAGUUACGAAGAGAAGGAAGAGCAAUUCAGAGAGCAGGUUGCUAGCUUGAGGCAGCGAUUCAACCAGUCCAUAGCACCUGGCGGGCUUGCAGGAGAUAGGAGGGGUGUGGUUCCCGCUUCAGGGUUUUCUUUCAGUUCACAAGAAAUCUGGAGAGUCAUUAAAGAGAAUAAGGAUCUUGACCUGCCAGCACACAAGGUCAUGGUUGCAACUGUACGUUGUGAAGAGAUUGCGAAUGAAAAAUAUUCAUCAUUUACUGCAAAUAAGGAUUGGUUGGAAGUGGAAGAGGCUGUGCAAUCUCAUCCUGUACCAGGUUUUGGGAAGAAGCUUAGUUCGAUUCUUGACACUUGUCUGUCUGAAUAUGAUGCAGAAGCUACAUAUUUUGAAGAGGGCGUUAGGUCUUCAAAGAGAAAGCAAUUGGAAGAGAAACUGCUGCAGAUUGUUCAACCAGCCUAUCAAUCCAUGCUUGGGCAUAUUCGAUCAAGAACACUAGACAAGUUUAAAGAUGCAUUGGAUGAUGCUUUGAAAGGAGGACAAGGGUUUGCUGUUGCUGCUCGAUAUUCCACCAAGGCUUUCUUGAAAUUUUUUGAUGAAGAGAGUGCAGAUGCAAUCAUUAAGCAAGCAAAUUGGGACACUGCAAAAGUAAGGGAAAAGGUUCAACGUGAUAUAGAUGCACAUAUUGCUGCAGUUCGUACUUCUAAGCUGUCUGAGCUUACUACAACAUAUGAGAAAAAACUAAGUGAGGCAUUAUCAGCCCCUGUGGAAGCUCUUCUAGAUGGUGCUAGUGAUGACACCUGGCCUUCAAUUAGAAAACUUCUUCAGCGCGAGUCUGAAGCCGCAGUGUCUGGUUUUUCUACCGCACUAUCUGGGUUUGAAAUGGAUGAACAAGACAAGGACAAAAUGAUUUCCAGCUUAGAGGAUUAUGCAAGAGGAAUUGUUGAAGGGAAGGCAAAAGAAGAAGCUGGGAGAGUUAUGAUACGUAUGAAAGACAGGUUUACAACACUAUUUAGCCAAGAUUCUGAUUCGAUGCCGCGGAUCUGGACAGGAAAGGAAGACAUAAGGGCAAUCACCAAAACAGCUCGAUCUGCGUCGCUGAAGAUGCUGUCUGUAAUGUCUGCGAUACGUUUGGACGAUGAAAUUGAUAAUAUUGAAAACACCCUAUCACUUGCUUUGGUUGAUUCCAACAGUGGUUCUGCAUCAAAUAAAGCUGCCUCGCUUGAUGCACUGGCCUCAAGCACAUGGGAAAAGGUACCUGCAUCAAAAACGUUAAUUACUCCUGUACAAUGCAAAUCCUUAUGGAGACAAUUUAAGACAGAGACUGAGUACACAGUUACUCAGGCUAUUGCUGCCCAGGAGGCUAGCAAGCGUAGUAACAACUGGAUGCCACCUCCAUGGGCUAUUGUGGCCAUUAUAUUGCUAGGUUUCAACGAAUUCAUGACACUUUUAAGGAAUCCUCUGUGGCUCCUUGUCAUUUUUGUUGGUUAUCUCCUUACCAAAGCCCUCUGGGUGCAACUAGAUAUUUCGGGUGAAUUCCGCCAUGGUGCUCUUCCUGGGCUUCUGUCUUUAUCCACCAAGUUCCUUCCUACUGUAAUGAACCUUCUCAAGAAACUUGCCGAGGAGGGACAGGUGCCUACCAGUACUAAUCAAAGAAACCCCUCAUUAGCAUCAAAGAGUUUUCCCAGUGGCAGUAGUGAUAUAUCAUCGAGUGCGUCAUCGGAGGUAAUUAGUUCUGAAAAUGGAACUGAAUACUCAAGUCCAAUAGUACAUGACAAAACUCAGUAAAGCAGUCUUUUCAUAGCAUUUUGGUGUAUAUGAAGAAAAAGGCUUUCUGCAUGUUGAGGCAAUUUUUAUGAAUAUAUAAUUAUGGGGUCUGAAGUCAAAUCUUGAGCAUGUUUGAAGACAUAUAUCCGGAGGCAUUAGUUUUUAUGUAUGUGCCACAUAUAUCAGGGCUAUUGUUGGUUGUGAAAAAGCCCACUAUAUAGAGAAUUCUUUAUGUUACCCUUUUUCCUUGUUUUCUGAUUUUAGCUGAUAGGUUCAAAAUUCUGAUCCCUGUUGUGAUAUUAGAUAUUAAGAAGGUUUUUCCAUGUUAUAGGGUUGCCAAUUAAUUGGUUUCAUCUUCAGUUUUGGUUCUCUUGGGGGAAGUCAGUUUUGGAUUUCCGAAUUGUAUUUUAUAAACAGAUAACAUUUGAUAAUUCUAUAGACAUACUAUAUUUGUAAUGUAAUAUAGUUUUCAGUAGUCUAAAUGGUUUUAUCUUCA